AUGCAUGCUAUGCUGUAUCUUCUUCUUUCCCUGGCUCGACAUUCCGGAAAGCCAGACCCGCAAGGACAAAUACAAAUCGCAAAAAGAGAGGCACCCCCAGGCACUGAAGACAAUCCUGCUAUUGGGUACUUCGAGCAGCCGAUUGAUCACCAUAACCCCAGCCUUGGACCAUUCAAAAUGCGCUAUUCUUGGAGCAACGAGUUCUGGAAGGGCCCAGGCUCGCAUAUUGUACUCUGGCUACCUGGAGAGACCGAUGCGUCUCCUUUCUAUUUGUGGUACGGAAACUACAGUUCGACAGAAUUUUACUUCAGCCAGGGACAGUUAGCCAGCAAUCUUGGAGCAGCAUACGUAGUACUCGAAAAUCGAUAUUAUGGAGAGUCCUCACCAUACCCGGAACUGACUACUGCGAACCUAAAGUGUCUCACGUUUGAUCAAGUCAUGCACGAUACUGUCAACUUUGCUAAGAAUGUUAAGCUACCAUUCGCUGCCAAUAGCACUGCGUCUGAUGUGCCAUGGGUACUCGCUGGUGGCUCAUACAGUGGUAUCAUCACCGUUGAUAUUGCGACAAAGCUACCUGGCACUUUCUGGGCGUAUUGGGCGACGAGUGCUGCAGUACAUUCAGAGCUAGAGUACUGGAGGCAAAGCGAUAGUUUUCUGAAAGCAGGACCAAAGAACUGCACAAAAGAUGUGGCACAGGUCAUCGAUUAUAUCGACAGUGUGCUGUUGAAUGGUUCCCAAAAGGAAAUUGACAUACUCAAAGCCAAUUUUGGUCUUCAGAACCUGACCCACAACGAGGAUUUUGUUAACACGCUUAGUGGGGACCCUGAACUUUGGCUCAACGUGCAGUUCGAUAUCAACGCCGCCCCGGAUGUAAUGAAUAUUUAUCAAUGGUGUGAUACUAUUGAGGGUGUCUGGAACCCGGCGACUCGGAAUUACACACAUUCCAAGCUUCCUGGCAUCGAAGGCGUCAAGAAUUACAGGCUACCUGGAAUGUGCAAAGACGGCUUCGGCAAGCACUAUCCUGGACUAUACAGUGAAAAUAGUACCUACUGCGAGGACUCGUACGACCCCAACAACCCGUUCUAUACAGACAUCAGCGUUGGAAAUCCUUGGAACCGACAAUAUCUCUGGUUUGAAUGCAACGAGGCGAUUGGCGGCUGGACCGCAGGUGCACCCAAAGGCACUCCAUCCCUCAUCAGCCGCUUACUCGAUGUUAAGUAUGGAUACCACAUGUGCGAAAUGUUGUUUCCUAAAGGGCCUAAUGGGGAGACAUACGGCUUACGCACUGUAGACCAGUUCAAUGAGUAUUGGGGUGGUUGGAAUAUUGGAAAUACGACUCGAUUGUUAAUUGCCAAUGGAGAGUACGACUAUUGGAGACCGACUACGUUUGCAUCGGAAGUUCGUCCCGGGGGUCCCCUCCAGAGCACAGCGCAGCUUCCCGCCUAUCUUGUACCGGGUGGUUAUCAUUGCAGUGAUUGUCUUUAUUAUCGGAAUGCUCGCCGUAACGAACCUGUACGGAUGGUGAUUCAAGAAAUACUUGCACAACUAGAAGCUUGGGUGAAGGAGUGGCCAGGAAAGAAAAGUUCUUCUAGUUAG